AUGGAGAGUACAUUUGAUGUUUCUCAGCUUGAUCCGCAAGAUUAAAAGCAAUUUGUAGAAGAAUCACUACCUCUAAUAACCUUCAACAACGAAACCUAGAGACCAGUAGGAGUAAUAGCAGUCGCUGGAUAAUAUAGAACCGGUAAAAGUUACCUCUUAAAUAGAAUGCUAUUAAACAGACAAAAAGGUUUUGGCGUUGGGCCAACAAUAAAUCCUUGUACUAAAGGACUCUGGAUUUGGGGUACUCCAAUCCAGGGAUUCACUCCUGAUGGUCAACCAAUCAAUGUGCUGGUUGUUGAUUCCGAGGGAAUUGGAGGAUUAGAUGAGGAUAAUAACCAUGAUAUGAGAAUUUUUAGUUUAGCAAUGCUUCUAUCUUCUUAUUUCCUAUAUAAUUCUGUUGGUUCUAUUGAUGAAAAUGCCCUUUCUAAUUUAUCAUUAGUAACUAAUCUCACUAAGCAUAUUUAAUUCAAAUCAAGAAGCAAUGAGGUUGAAUAAACAGAUGAAGAUAUUGAUGAGCUUAUUCAAUACUUACCCUCCUUUAUGUGGGUUGUAAGAGAUUUCGCAUUACAACUUUGCGAUGAAAAUGGAAAUGAUAUUAACUCAAAAGAUUAUCUUGAAAGAGCUCUUUAAGAAAAAGGUUCAGAUUCAAAAAAUGAUAUCAGAAAGCAUCUUAAGAGAUUUUUUAAAGAUAGAGAGUGCUGCACUAUGAUUAGACCUUUAACAAAUGAAGAGGAAUUGUAAAAUUUAGAAUAAAUGGAACUUGAAGAGUUAAGAGCAGAGUUUGUUGAAUAAGUAAUGCUCUUAAGAAGAAAAGUGUUGAAUUAAAUAAAACCUAAGACAAUUAAUAAUCAAGUUCUAUCUGCUGUACAAUGGAUUUCAAUAGUUGAAUAAUAUGUGAAAGCUAUUAAUGAGGGUUGUGUUCCAAAUAUCUAAUCAAGCUGGACUUAUAUUUGCAGAUAAAAUGCUAGCAAGGCUCUUGAUUAAUGCAAGGAUGUCUUUGAAAAAGAAGUCAGUGAUGUUGUAAAUUUCCCUAUGAAUCAUGAAGAUCUAUGCAAUAUCUUAGCUGAUCAAAGAUAGCAGUGCUUGAAGAUGAUUUAAAGACUAAUACAAGGGGAUUAAGAAAUUUUAUCAGAAUAUAAUAAUGAGUUAACAAAGUUCUUAGAUGAUAGAGCCUCUUAGAUGCAAAAGCAAAACUAAUAUGAGUGCAGAAAUUAUGCUGGUGAGCUUUUGAAUCAGCUAUUCACUGAAUUUGACUAGCAAGUAAGAACUCAAUAGCCAUUUGAUGCAAUCUAAUUAGAGCAAACUUUAAGAGAAGUUUAAUAAGUUUAUGAUUAGAAUGCUUUUGACUUUGAUGAAAAAUAAGUCUUGAUAAGUGAAGCAAAAGCAACUUUCCUCUAUGAUACCCUCUUUUAUUUGAAUAAGAAAUUAGAAUCUGAUUUCUAGUUAUAGAGACAGCUUGAUGUGUAAACGAAAGAAAGAUUGGAAUAAUAGUUGAAAGAGGCGAAGGAAGAGAGUAGAAAUGAAAGGAACAGACUUGAUGAAAAACUAAGAUAGACAAUGAUUCAAAAAUCUGAGCUUGAGGCUAACUUGUCAUUCGUCAGAGAAUAGCUAGAUUCAUUAAAAUAGCAAAAAGAACAAGAGGAAUCUGAGUAUAAAGAUACUAUUAGAAAGUUAAAAGAUCAGACAACAUCCUAGUAUGAUGACUUUAGAUCAUAAAAAGAUGAUUUUGAAGAGAAAAUUCAAUAAUUGCAGAGACAUCUGCUUUAAGUUGAAUCAGAAGUUGAUAAGGAAAGAGCACUUUUUGAAUAAAAGGUAGAAUUUCUGGAAAAGUCAUUGCAAGAAAAAUCUUUAAGAGAAAGAGAUUUUCUUGCUGAAAGAUAAUCUAAAUAAUCUGGAUUAAGUACUGAACUUAGAAGUAUGCAAUAAAAGUUUGAAAUAGAUUUAAAGUCUCUUUAAUCUAGUUUAGAAGAUGAAAAGGAGAGAACUUUAGAACUUGAAAAUGCUUUAAAAAUUGCACAAACUUAACUUGAUGAAAAAUCUGAAUUCUUCUAAAUCCAAGAAACAGGACUGAGAAAUAACUUAUAAAUGAGUUAAGAUUAAGCAAAGUAGUUAGAAGCUACAGUUUAAGCUCUUAAAAAAGAAACUGACCAAAAAACAAGUCAAUAAAUUAAAGAUAAAGAUGAGAAAAUUGACCAGUAAACUGCUUAAAUCUAGGAAUUAGAAAACCAAGUCAAAGAUUUCAUUGAGCAACUUAAACUAAAGGAUCAUGAAUAUAAAAAGGAAAAUGCUAUAAAGGAUUAAAGAUAUUAAUUCCUUGAGAUGUAACUUUAAGAUUUAAGAGAUCAAUUGGAGGAAUCUUACAAGCAACAUGAACAAGUUGUGUAAGCAAUGAAGCAUAAUCCACAAGAGGAUGAUUCAAGAAGAAAACUUUCACCAUCAAAACUUGAAAACCUUUAAAAUGAGCUUUAGAAGACAACUGAAUAGUACUAACAAGAGCUAAAUGAACUUAAAAGAUAAAAUGAGUUAUAUGUUGAGCAAAUCACUCAUCUUGAACUUAACCUAAAGUUAAAUCAAGGAGAUGCUGAGAGAGAAAAUAAUGAAUUGAAAAUUUAUUUAUAAGAUCUCGAAAAUCAAAAAAUUCUGCAGAAUGAAAAAGUAAGGUAAUUAGAGCUACAGAGAGUAAAACUCAUUGAAGAAAAUGAUAAAAAAUAUAAAUAAGCUGUUUAAAGGUUUGAAGAUGAAAUAGAACAUAAGACUUAGCAAACAUAAUUAGAGUUGAAAGAGAUGUAAACUAAAUCUGAGGAGGCACUUGCUUAAUUAAAGAAUUUCUAUGAGAUUGAAAAAGAGACUCUCGAGUAAAGAAUUGCUGAGGAAAGAGACAAAAAUUCUAGAAGACUCGCCCACUUCUAAGAGGAAUUAGAAUUAAGAAUGAGAGAUGAGCUUCAAGAGAAAGAUGAAGAAAUUGAAUGUCUCUAGAAUGAACUUAGGGAAAAUGAAGCUAGACAUCAAAACUAUGUCACAUAAAUGGAGCAUGAAUUAAGCCUAAAAUAAUAAAUGAUGGAAACUUUAGAGAGAUAGGUCAGAGAAAGUAGAGAAAGAAUCGAACUGCUUGAAUAUGGAAAGAAUAGCGCCUUCGAAAAGCAAAUUGAGCAUUUCGAGCAAUAAAGAUAAGAGUACAAUUAAAAGAUAGAUAAACUUCAAAUUGAAAAUCUUGAAAAAGAUAGGCAAAUUGCACAAAUUCAACAUAGAUUAGAAAGAUUGAAUGAUGACAUUGAAAGAAAGAAAAAUGACUUUGAGUAAUCAAAGACUUAUUUAGACAGAGAAAAGAAGCAGCUUUCUGAAAAAUUAGAAUUAACAAAGAAGAAGUUAGUUGAGGCACAAGAUGAUGCUAUCAAGCAAAAACUUGACUUAGGUAGAGAAUAAGCUCUCUCUAAAUAGCAAAAGUAGACAGAUGAUUCACAGAGAUUCUUCGAUGAGAAAAUCAAAAUAUUCAGAGCUGAGAUUCAAGAAGAAGCUUAAGCAUAAAUUGAAAGAAUCACAAGUGAAAAAGAACUUUGGGAAAACAAAUAUGAGCAGAAGAGAAGAGCCUUAAAAGAAAUUGAGAUGUCACUCUCCAAGUCAAAUACUGAACUUGAAAAAAAGAUUGCCUAACUAAAUGCAUAGAUUGAUAGACUUGAAGAUGAUAAGAGGUAAAUGGAAGAACAAUUCCAGGAAGAAAUUUAAGCCUUAAAUCACCAUAUUCAACAAUUAGACUCAAGUGCAGGUGCUGCAUAUUAUUAUGGCUCUGCACAUGCUGAGGAUGUUUUGAAAUAUAAGCAAUAGGUUCAAGAUCUUGAAAGAGAACUUUCAGAUUUACAAUCUACAUAUGAUAGAGAUAAAGCUCUAUGGGAAGGUAAAUGCCAAUUCUUAGAAACUCAAAAAGAGACUUACAAGAGAGAUUUAAACGAAUCUCAAAAGAAGUUUGAAAUAACUCUUGAGCAACUCUAAAAGCGAGGAAAUAUGGACAAGGACAAAUUAGAGAAUAAUCAACAAUCUCUAAUUAAAGUUAUAGAGGGUAAAUAUAAGAAUCAAAUAAAGGAAAUGCUUGAGACCCACUAACAGCUAGCAUAAGAAAGUCAGUAGAAAAUAAAAAGACUUGAAAAUGAAGUAAAGCUUAAGAAUGAACAGAUUUAAAUGGAUGCUAGAGGAAAGAUGUCUGAGUAUGGCUCAUUAGAAAAGAAAGUAAUUGAAUUAGGAGAAAACGAAAAAAGAUUAUUGAUGGAGCUAGAUGAGGUAAAGAACGAGAGAGACAGAAGAGUUCAAGAUUACCAAAGGCAAUUAGAUAAGGAUAAAGAAGCCUACAGAUAAAAACUUAAUGAGUAUGAGCAAAAAGCGAAGGAGAGUGAGAGCAGAAGAGCAUCAUUGAUGUUUGAAUAUGAGAAGGAAAGAGCUAAAUGGCAACUAGAAAAAGAAAAUCUUUUGAGCAUUAAAUCUGAUUUGACAGAGUAAGUCGAAAAACUUCAAGUUAGAAAAGACUAACUUUUGAGAGAAAAUGAGAAGCUAAGAACUGAAAACAAGGGUAGCAGAAAGUACUUGUUUGGAAAUGCUACUAAUAUUCCACCCUCAGGUUAGGUAUCUUAAAGCAACAUCGGGUUAUCAAGUAUUGGAUAAUCUCAUCACAAUAGCACAAGUGCAACAAGAUAUAUGGUGGGCAAGAGUAUGUCUAAUGCCGUUGGCAAUAAUAUAUUGACCUAGGCAAUUGGAAAACUUAAAGAAAAUAAUAAAUAUAUUGGAGGAGGUGGUAUGAAUCACAGAGAUGAGGAUCAAGUAAAUAUUGGAAGCAACACUCAAACAAACAAUACUACUCCUAAUACUAAACAUUAUAACAGAUAUGGCCACUGA